GAUUUAAUUCAGAAUAUUUAGUACAUACAUUUUAACACACGUUAUAAUUCUUUUUUUUUUUUUACUAUUUCUUACAGAUAAAGGGUCCGUUUAGCCCUGACCAUUAUCCGUUUCCAAUUCACCAUUGCAUAGUCGCUUGCCCGCUCCAUCGAAUCUCCGGACGUUUUCACUCCAGGGAAAGAUCCGCCUUCGGCCUUGUGGGUCCUGGGUAGUAUGUGGAGUGAUGGGAAGGUGUCCAUUGGACUGUGUGAUCUGGUAGAACCCUGGGACAACCUGUCCAUGUCGCAGAAGAAGAACCUCAACUACAGAUACCAGAUGGGCUGUGACUGCAAGAUUGCUACCUGCUACUCAGUGCCUUGUGCCACCACUACGGAUAAUGAGUGUCUUUGGACCGACUGGCUGCUGGUUAACAGUCUGAGUGGGGAGCAGGCCAGACAGUAUGCCUGCUUCAAAAGCUCAGACUCUUCCUGCAGCUGGUACCGGAGCGGCCCGCCACCAGAGAAUGACUUCAUGGACAUGUCAGACCCCUGAGAGGGGUAGGAUUGGGGUUAGGGAGGUGCUACUUUACUCCAGUACAGAGAGAGAAGACGGGCCGGGGUGCUGAGUACACAACUGCUGCGUUCAUGUGCCUCUUGGAAAUUCAUACAUGCUUGACUGGGAAACUUGAGUUGCUGUUUUCUCAUGGAAUUAUCAAUAUUACAGUUUCCAACAUCCAAAACAACGUUUGGUAGGAUUGCUUAGUUUCUGAUUUUCAGAGGAGCACAUGAACGGAGCACCAGACACAGAAUAUCUCUUCCUAUUUCCUGACUAGUUCUCCAGAGUCCAGAGGCUCCUUGUAUCUCCUCCUCACUCUGAUUUAGGGAUGAGGUCUGUCCUGUCACAAUGUAUGUAUGACUAUGAAGCUAACAAGAGACAGGACAUGCCCAGACAACCCAUUCAGAAGAGGAGAGAUGGAGAGUGAUGUAUGACUAUGAAGCUAACAAGAGACAGGACAUGCCCAGACACAACCCAUUCAGAAGAGGAGAGAUGGAGAGUGAUGUAUGACUAUGAAGCUAACAAGAGACAGGACAUGCCCAGACACAACCCAUUCAGAAGAGGAGGGAUGGAGAGUGAUGUAUGACUAUGAAGCUAACAAGAGACAGGACAUGCCCAGACACAACCCAUUCAGAAGAGGAGGGACGGAGAGUGAUGUAUGACUAUGAAGCUAACAAGAGACAGGACAUGCCCAGACACAACCCAGGCAGAAGAAGAGAGAUGGAGAGUGAUAUCAGCCUCUUCUGUGUAUGUUCCCUCUCGUACUGUAAAGAACAAACUUUCCAUGCAUUCAGGUUUAUGUGUUUUCUCACUAUAUUGCAUGUCCUACUGCCAUCUAGACAUUACAGUAGAUUCUGAAGCUUUGGAAAUGAAGUACAAAACCCCAUGGAUUCAGUCCUUUGAGCUUGUACAAGUGUAUGAAAUCAGCACUAGACACUCAAGUCUUAUAUUCAGUAUGUUGGAAAAAUUAUCCCCAUUAGACAAACAUCUAAAUUCGCGUAAUGUACGAUAUCUACAAAUUAUCCAUAAUGAACACUAAAAUGCCUGUGUCCUGUGUGAGAAUGUGUAUAUACUGUAUGAUUAUAACUGUUCCAGUGUUAACAACAGCUAACUUAGAGUAAAGAGGUACUCUUGAGUACAACAUUGAUGUCCAUUUUAAUAGUUGUGUGUAUUACUUCCUUGUGGCCCACAUACUGGGGCGGCAGGGUAGCCUAGUGGUUAGAGCGUUGGACUAGUAACCGAAAGGUUGCAAGUUCCAAUCCCUGAGCUGACAAGGUACAAAUCUGUCAUACUGCCCCUGAACAG